AUGGAGGUAUAUAUUUAUUCACGUAAUAUAUAUAUUAAAAUCAAUAAUCAGUAGUCAAAAGAAUAUAUAAUUCAAUGUGCUUUCCUUAUUUUUUUAGAUUCAAAUAUUGACCGCGAAAUCAUCAAAAUUCAUAACAAAUGUAUCCGUAAGUAAAUAAAUAAAUAAAAAUAAAAUAAAUACAUGGUUUACAGGUCAUUUAUCUUAACAGGAAAUUUUUAAAAUUUUUAUCUAUGUUUAUUCGAUACCAAUUCUUGAUAAUAGUCUUUUAUGUAAUGUAUAUAGAUUUAUAAUGAUAUACAUAAAUUUAAAUUUCUAAUGAGAAAUUUCUUUAUGUAUGACGUACUUUAUAUUCUUUAGGUAGAACCUACUACAACUAUACAACAAAUCAAAGAAGAAUUAUUCAAAUUAAAAAAAGCACCGCAUAUUCACAGGCAAAGUUUAAGAUUAGAUGCCAAAGGGAAAGCUUUAUCUGAUUCAGAUACCUUGAAAAAUUUAUCUAUUUCUAGUGAAGGAAAAUUAUAUUUGAAAGAUCUUGGACCACAAAUUAGUUGGAAAGGUGUAUUUUUAGUAGAAUAUGCUGGUCCAUUAGUUCUUUAUUUAUGGAUGUAUCAGCGUCCCUGGAUAUUAUUUGGUGAUUCAGAUGCUUCCAAAAUUGAUAAUGUAAUCCAUGUGGCAGCUCUUUGUUGGACUAUACACUAUGCAAAAAGACUUCUAGAGACAUUGUUUGUGCAUCGGUUCAGUCAUGCAACAAUGCCACUGCGCAAUCUUUUUAAAAACUGUUCUUAUUACUGGCUGUUUGCUAUGUAUGUAGCAUAUCAUGUAAAUCACCCUCUGUAUACAGCUCCAAGUCAAUUGCAAUUCCUUACUGGGCUGGUAACAUUUGCACUUUGUGAAUUGGGAAAUUUGAGUAUUCACAUAGCUUUAAGAAACUUGAGACCAGCAGGAAGUACAGUGAGAAAAAUACCAGUACCCACUAGUAAUCCUUUUACUGUAUUGUUCAAUCUUGUAUCAUGUCCAAAUUAUACUUAUGAAGUUGGCAGUUGGAUUGGUUUCACUAUCAUGACUUCAUGUUUGCCAGCUGCUCUCUUUACUUUUGCUGGUGCAUAUCAAAUGACUCUGUGGGCAUUAGGAAAGCAUAAAGCAUACAAAAAAGAAUUUUCUCAAUAUCCAAAAAAUAGAAAAUCUAUCAUUCCAUUUAUUCUUUAA